GGCCGAUUAUAAAUACCAGCCCCAAUUUCCAAGCUCAAAAUGCCACCACACCCCAAACUUCUUCUUCUUCUUCUUUUUCUUCCCCCAGAUUUCGUUUCUUUGUCUCUAUUUUUUGUCUGGGAUUAUUAUUCUGUACGUGGCUAGCUCUGGUUUUUGAUUCAGGAUGACUAUCCUCAUUGAGCAGCAGCACCAACCUGAGUUUGGAGUUGAAGUUGGAGGAGGGAAGGAGGUUGUUGUGGAUGAGAAAGAAUUGGUCUUGGAUGGUGGAUUUUUGGUGCCACAUACCAACUCGUUUGGACAAACUUUUAGGGAUUAUGAUGCAGAAGGUGAGAGGCAACCAAGUGUGGAGAAAUUCUACAAGAUCAAUCACAUUAACCAGACUUAUGACUUUGUCCAGAGAAUGAGAAAAGAGUACAGCAAAUUGAACAGGGUUGAGAUGAGCAUAUGGGAAUGCUGUGAACUUCUCAAUGAGGUUGUAGACGAGAGUGAUCCGGACUUGGAUGAACCUCAAAUUGAGCAUUUGUUGCAAACUGCUGAAGCCAUUAGAAAGGACUAUCCCAAUGAAGAUUGGCUACACUUGACUGGCCUUAUCCAUGAUCUUGGGAAGGUGCUUCUUCUUCCUUGCUUUGGGGAGCUUCCUCAAUGGGCUGUUGUAGGUGACACUUUCCCAGUUGGUUGUGCUUUUGACAAAUCCAAUGUUCACCACAAGUAUUUCAAGGAGAACCCCGACUACAACGAUCCGGCUUACAACACUAAACAUGGAGUUUACUCCGAGAGAUGUGGACUGAACAAUGUACUGAUGUCAUGGGGGCAUGAUGACUACAUGUAUCUGGUAUCCAAAGAGAAUAAGACGACUCUACCUUCAGCUGGUCUUUUCAUUAUCAGAUACCACUCAUUCUAUGCUUUACACACAGCAGGAGCUUACAAGCAUUUGAUGAAUGAAGAGGAUCUCGACAACUUGAAGUGGCUUUAUGUAUUCAACAAGUAUGACCUUUACAGCAAGAGCAAGGUGCGGGUUGAUGUUGAGAAGGUGAAGCCAUACUAUCUGUCUCUUAUAAAAAAGUACUUCCCAGCUGCCAAACUAAGAUGGUGAACUUCAUGAUAUGAGCAGAUAGCCACAAACAAGAGAUGACAUUUAGAGUUACAGUUGCUUUUCCUCUAUGUUUCUAAAUUUCUAUAAAGCUCUUAUGUAUCAUCUUUCAUGUAUGUUGUAUUUUAAUUAUUUUGGUUUUCUUAAAUAAAACGCCAGUCUGUUGAUAGUA